AUGUCUGGGGGCUGCCGUGGGGGCACGUCACUGCCCGCACCUUCCUCGGCUGUGGGUGCUGCGAGGAUCGCGAGAAGCAGGAGCGUGGGCAGGGGGUGCACUGUGCAGGCUCCGCUGGGUCCACACCUGAACACCUGCGUCUGCUUCUUCCUCCCAAGGGCAGGCAGGCGGCGUCCAGCCACGGCCGAGGAGGACCUCCUGGCUGCCCUGAGUUGGCCCACGCCCUCCCCACGGCCAGGAGCCCCUUGGGAGGCGCCCUUCGUGGCCUGGACCGACCACAUGGAGGAGAGGCCGGGCCCCCAGGGGCAGGCCUGCAGCCGCUCUGCUUGGACAGCCGGCGAGGAGGCCCCGGAUGGGGACAGCUCGGUGUCGUCGGGCCGCCUGUCCGGCUCUUCGGGGGGCCACAAGUCGUGCGCACCUGCCCACAGGCCCUGGAAGGAGAGGCGCCCCCUGGUGCUGGGGUCCCCACAGCAGCACGGGGAAAGCAACCCCCGGCUGGAGCAGCUGAGGGAGAAGAUCCGGGCCCAGGCGUGCUGGCAGGCCAGCUGCGCCUCCCUGGGCACCUCGAUGCCCUCCAGCACCUCGCACCUCCUCAGGGCCUCCCCGCCAGCCCCCCGGAGGAAGGUCAGAAAGCUGAAGAAGACCCCUCCAGCCCCGGCCCCCCCAGGUCAGGAGCAGCUUCCUGGCUUUGGCAGCCCGAGUGCAGCUGGGCGUGCCGUUCAGGACAAGGCCGUCCCUGGCCAGGAGCGCGCGCCCUCCAGGGUCUCCCAGCGCCAGGCCUCCGUUCCACGGGAGAAACACAAAAGCAUGAAGAGUAGUUCUUGCAAAAGAGAGAAGGCCCCCAGGUCAUCCACCAGAAGAGCUGCCAAAGACCAGGGUAAGGCUGAAGAUUCUGAGUUGGUUGGUGUUUACGCCUGGAGGAAAGGACAAGCCCUGGUGAGAGGGCUGCUCGGGCCCCCUCCCGCCCUCCCCAGGCUCCAGAGCAAGGCCCCCUCAGGAGCGCCGGUCCCCACCGCGGAAUUAGGAGACAUGGAGGACAGAGCUGCUGAGAGCUCCCCUGUUGGCCCCCGGACACCCCGCCUGGGCACCGUCCGCAGCGACCCACGGGUGCCCACCCACAUGCCCAACCUGGCGUCCUGUGACGAGGCCGGGAGCAUCCACUCUGCCAUGGCCUUCCUGCAGGACCUCCGCCAGCAAAUCCAGGCGGGGCUGGAUCUGGCCCAGGACCAUCACCGCAGGGGCGGGCAGGAGCGCCGGCAGCUGGCAGGGAGGAGGACCAAGGGCCACUGGAGCGCCCCGGACGUGCGGGUCUCCCUCAGCAAGAGUUCUCAGGGCCCGGCCAAGGGGGUGCAGCGCUCCUCCUCAGAGUGGGCCGGGAGCCUCUCCGCUGGGCAGCACUGGGGUGCCUCGGCCAGGUGGGAGUCCUAUCCACAGAGGACCUGGUCCCCCCAAGGACGGAACCCCACCUUCCAGAGGCCUGGGAGCCCCCCUGAGAGGCCCUGGAGUGCCUCGGCCGGGCAGAGGGCUGGGGCCCCCUGCAAAGACUGGGAGGCCUCUCCCCGAGGACGCUGGAGCCUUCUGGAAAGGCCAAGCCCUACCACCCAGCGGCCCUGGAGCGCCUCCUUCGUGAAAAAGGCUGGCGCCCCGGUCCAGUGCAGAGCCCGCCCCUGGCCCAGGCCCACCCAGAGCACCUCUCAGCUGGCACCUGGGCAGGAGACUGAGGCUCGGCUGCCGCCACCCUGCCCAAAGCCCCGGGGGCUCCUGGGCCACCCUUACAGCCCCGCGUCCUUGCGGGAGUUGAUGCGCCAGAAGGCCCUGGCGCGCCAGCAGCAGGUCCUGGAGGAGAAGGCCUCGGCCCUGCAGGCAGGGGAGCUGCGGAGCCAGCGGCUGCAGGGUGUGUACAGGCAGCAGAGAGAGGCCGUGCGGGGCAGGGCCGGCCCCACCAAGGCCUUCCCCCUGGUCUCCCAGACGACCCCCAGCAUCGUCACCUUCGUCCCACACUCAGCACCGUCCAGGGGCCAGGACGCGCCUGGGAGCGUGGGGUCGCCCGCGCUGCGGUGGAGCAAGGUGACCUCUGGCAUGGUGCUGGGGGACCAGGAGGCCCCGGGCAGCUUCUGCCUGUGUCUGGACAGAGCCUUGAACCAUGAGCCUCCGGAGACAGGAGGCCCCCAGGAAGGCUGGGCGGGUGCUCCCCUGCCGACGUCCGCUGGCUCCCCCGCGGGUCCCCGAAAACUCCAGGACCUAACUGCCCACCCCCCACGCCCGGGGCUGUGCGUCUACCUGGGCCCCGAGGAGGCCGAGCGCCUGGGCACGCGGGGCCCGCUGCACUUCCGGUACAAGCACGCCCGGUUGCAGGCCCUGGAGACCAUGGCCAACGUCCUGAAGCAGCGCAUUGACCUCCUGACGGCCAAUCUGCUUGCGGCCGAUGCAGCGGACACUCUGGAGGACCUGCCCUCGAACCCGCCAUCCUCGCGCCCCAGCACCCACAGUGCCAGCCGGCCCCCGAGCCUUGGCACCCCCAAGCCCGUGGUGCCAGCCUGUCCCCAAGCCUUGGUGCCCGAUGCAGGCAGAGGGUCUCCCUGGGGCUGGGCAGAUGUGCGGGCCAGGCUGCUUCUCUCUCCUUCCUGCUUGCCUGACGGAGAGACGCUGCUGUGGAGUCCUGGCUGGGAGCAGCGGAGGAGCGUGAGCCCCGGGGGCCACCUGGCCUACUCGCCGCCAGGAUCCAUGGAGGAUGGAUGUUUGAAGCUGGACCGGAGGCUGGCGAGAGACACGGCUUCUGCCCAGGCCCUGGGCCCCUUGGCAGGGAGCUGGGACCACGGUGCCAGUGGGAGCAACCAGCCGGCCAUGGCAGCCGAGCUCUGCUGGCAUCGGGAACCCGACACCCGCCCACCCGCCCAGCCCUGCCAGCUGCCUCCUACCUAUCCCACCUACUCACAUGCGUGUUUGCGUGUCCCCAGCUCACUCGAGGUGCCAGCCCCUCCGGACCCCACCUGUGGCUCCCUGUGGCUGGAGGAGAUGCCGUCGGCCAGAGGGGCAGGCUUGGUCGCGCCCUGGGCCCUGCAGAGCUGCGGUCAGCAGGAGCCUGGCAGGCCACGUGCGGGGCACUUCUCAGACCUCCAGCAGAAGUCCCUGAGCUUUCUCCAGGCCUUGAAGCUGGACCAGCAGAAGCAGGAGCAGGCCCUGGCCCUUCUGCGGCAGCGGGCGGAACUGGAGGUCUGGGAGACCCAGAAGGCCCUGGACGAGCUGCUCUCCAAACACCGGCUGGCGGUGAGCCUGGCCCUGCCCCAUGCCUGCCCCUCUGAGCCUGCAUGUUCAGCCCCAGCAGACAGGCAGCGCUGGUGGUUGAGGCCCCUGGCCAGGCCCAUUGGCUGCGAGGUUGCCCUUAAUCCUCCACACACACCUGUCCUCACAGAGGCGGAUGGAGAAGCGCGAGACCCAGGCCAGGCCAGGGGCAGCACCAGAGCCGGAGGGGCUGCGGCUGUGGGCGGGCCCGGAUCCGAAGACCUGCUGGAGCGCUGUGACGGCCAGAUCCAGGUGCGUCCAGGCCGGGAUGGUGGCGCCCGCCCAAUGUGGAAGGUGCUGGGGCAGAGCCCGCGGGAGGGAGAGCUGCUGCGCCUGCCUGAGGAGGCCGUGCAGGGGAAGCUGCGCUGGGAGCCAGCCUGGCUAGAGUGUCAGAGGUGUCCAGGCAGCCAGGGCAGUGAGGCCGCGCUGGUCUUGGCCGAGAAGCAGCCGCAGGGCCUUAGCAGCCUUGAGCAGGGGCAGGUGGAGACCGGGGAGGGGGGUGUGGAGGCAGGGGUCAUGACCCCUGGGGCCUGGGAUGCCACCUCCCAGGGUCCGAGCCUGGGCAAGGCCGCUCUGCUGAGGUGUGUGCUCUCAGAGACAGCGGGGUCGGAGGUCCGUGGGGACCAUAGGGAAACCCGGUUCCCGGACAGCAGCCGCCUGCUCUCGUGCCAGGAGAGGACACUGCUCCUGCGGCACCACCGGCACAUCCUCUCGGUGCAGAGGGCCGUGGCCCGUCUGAAGCAGGAGCUCCUGGCCACGGCCCAGCUGCUGCAGGGUUCCGGCCCUGAAGCCAAGGCCCCCUGGGAGUGGGGCUCUGAGACAAGCCAGCAGCCAGCGGGGCCUGCGCAGGGCUCAUCGUGCUCCCCAACACCACUCCGGCCCUGCAGCCCCUCCAGCCACGGCCCCUGGAGGAGCCCUGAGAGCCCGGGAGUUCCCCCCCCUGUCCCUAAGCAGGAUAGGACACCCCCCAGAGAAACUUCAGCUUCGGACGUCCACCUGUGGCCCCUAAGGCCAGCCUGGGGAGAGGAGACAUCCAUGGCCGAUGGCUGGGUGGACACCCAGGAAGGGCUGGUGGAGAGCGGCAACCAAACGGGCCAAGGAGACCCCCAGCCCAACCCCAGCCCCUCGUCCACAGUGGAGACCUGGGCUCUGACGGAAAGCCAUGCACGUAGCUCCUGGGACCAAGGGGGCCCCUGCAGCCCCCGGGAAGCCAGUCAGGCGGUUGAAGGCAGCGCAAGCCGAGUGGGGGCAGAGCUGGAGCUGGACUCUGCCAGCAGCCCUGGCAGGGAGGCCCCCGAAGUGGAAGCCCUGGACUCCCCACCAGCGUCUGUCCCUGGGACCUGCUCGGGGUCAUCAGUGGGAUCCCACACCCCCUCCUCCGUGAGUGGCCUGUCCUGUCCCUCCCUCCAGGAGUUCCAGAAAGUGUCCGCCUUUCUGGUCCAGCUCUCGGAUAGUUCUGCCUCCCUGUCAGACUGGGAGGCCAGGGACACCCCAGACGCAGACCUGGGCUCGUCCAGGGCGUCCUCUGUUGGAGCCUCCAGGGGGCUGCACGGGGGUGGAGGGCAGGCAGCCUGCGGAGCCCGUCCCUUGCGGGGCUCCCCGACUGCGUCAGGGCCAGGCCUCCUGCAGGCGGGCCAGCCAUGGCCUCUCCCCAACGUCCCCUCGCCCGGGUCAGGAUCCGAGCUGUCAGAGGCAUCCAGCGAGAUCUGGGAUGAGGAGAGCCCGCUGGAGCCUGGCAUGGGUGCCCAGCCAGCUGCAGGGUGGCCCUCCCCUGCUGGAGGCUCCUCUGACCUGGAAGAUGGAGGGGCACCCAGCAUGGCACUUCUCUCCCCAGGCCCUGGUGGGGGCCAGAAAGCUUCUGGAACUGGCGGGCAUCUGACCAGUGAAGUAGAUGCAGGAAAGGCCAGCUGGCCAUGCCCUGAGGCUGCCUGCACUGCAUUCCUCCCCAGUGCCCAUUCCUGCAGCAACUCAGCCCUGUCCCUUCCCUUUCCCUCGGGGUCCUCGGAGUCCGAAGGGGCCAGUUUCAACCGAGGAGGAGAGACGGGGCCUCUGCAGGCCUCCACCGACUGCCCAGAGCGGCCCCAGGAGGCUGACAGGAAUCCCCCACGGGCACCUCCUGCAACACCCAGGGUGCUGGCAGCCCUGAGGGCUGAGAGCCGGGCACCUGGGCAUGCGGGCAGUGGAGUCCCUGCUGCCCCAGAGGAAGCCAGCCUCUCUCUGGAUGGCGGUGUCCUGCCUGAGAUCCUGUCCCCGGUGGACGAGGUGCUGUCCUACGGCAGUGCCGACCUCCCGUCCUCCACACACAGGGAUGCUCCUCCGCCUCCCGCCCUCCCAGCAGGCAGCAGGGCCACCCCCAGCCCCCCCUCCGAGGACUUCCCUUCCCCGCCCGAAGACGCCUCCACCAACACCUGGGAGUUGCCCUCCUUGUCCGAGGCACUGUCCCUGGGGCCCCAGGAGGCCAGCCUCUGCCUGGCGGCAGGUGCACAGGGCAGGAGCCUUGGGGACCAAUUGGGUGAAUCAUAUUCUAUUGGGAGGAACAAGGUUUUGGGGGGCCAGUGGUCUGAACCUGUCGACUGGCUCAGGUCCCCCUGGUGUGGGGGGGCGGGCAAUGCCCCGGCCGGGCCCCCAGGGCAGUCCGUGCAGCCCCCAACACUGUCUGGAGAGGCCUGUGUGACUGGAGAGGGCCUGCCAGCACUGUUGACGGCUGGCCACACAGGGCUGGCUGGCCCCUGGCAGGGGGACCCAGUUCCUGCUUUGGACAGGGGCCCCUGUGUGGGCCCCGGUGGGGACAGGGCAGAGGUGGUGGAUCUGGUUUCCACCCAGCUCAGCAGAAGGAUCCUGUGCGACACGCUGGCUGUGCUCUCGGAGCUGGCCCCACUGAGCAGCCUGGGGACAGGAGAGCUGGCAGGUGCCGGCCGUGUCCCAGGCCUCACAGGGCAGCCACCGGGCAGUCCUGGAAAGACAGGCCUCAGGAAAGAGUAG